UAAGCAGUGGCAGUUUGAAUCUACACUGUCUUUAAGCAGUGUGGGUGUAGGUGAACAGUUGCUCAGCUCUGAGGCGUGGUCAGUUACUGUAUAAAUGAAAGAAUGUCUGGUGUUUCAGUAAUCUUUACAACAAGAACACCUAAAAAAGACCCUGUCAUGCAGAGCUCAGUUUUCUUCGUCAUCUGGAUGGUCUUCUUCAGCUCAGGUCUGGGAGAACCCACAGAUCUUCUAGAUUACACAGGAACAGAUCAAGAUCUACAGCUCGAGGCUCUCAAAGCCACUCUGCUGGAGAACCUAGGGAUGGACGGUCCACCAAAGACCAAAGAAAAGACCUCUUACCGUGACCUGUUUAGACUGUACCAUCAGUACAGGAACCUGAGGAGGAACAUGCAGCCUCUCCAGAGCAGCUCCAGGUUCUUCUUGCCUGCUACAGUUCAGCCACUGAGCAGUCAGCAGGGUCAGAGUGGGUCAGAACCGGUCCAGUGGUUCAGGGCCGUGUUCCACAGAGACACUCGCGUUACAGAGGAGUUCACUUUGGGAUGCGCACAACUGAAACUACAGACACGACCUGCAGGCGACAGCUUCAGCCAUCCAGCACUUAAUCCAAACAUUCUGAUCAGAAUUCACAGGAACUCCAGUUCCCUCACGGAGACGAUCUUCCAUAUGGAGCUUUUCAACGCAGAAGGACACAGUGUGACUGUGGAAGUGACCGCUGCAGUGGAGAGAUGGUUCACUCAGACCAAUGACACGGUGUUAGUUGUUGAUGUAGGUCUUCUUACAGGAACACCAGAGGCCACACCUGAACUCAGUUUGGAGUUGGAGCAGCUGGUCAGCAGUGUGAGAGAAGCUCGGUCAGCCAACGAGGACGACGGUCACUGCAGUCGGAAAUCGCGCAGCGUGUCCUUUGAGGAGAUUGGCUGGUCAGACUGGAUCAUCGCUCCUUCUGGAUACACCAUGUUCUUCUGCGACGGUUCCUGCCCACACAACUACAAACCGGCCAGCAUGCACACGCAGGUGAAGUCUCGGCUGCAUCGCUUGACUAAAGGAGCGACUCCUCGGCCUUGCUGCGUGCCGGCCGCCUACGAGCCCAUGAUUUUGAUGCACUACGACAGUCGAGGAAAGCUGAAGCUCACAUCCUUCAAUGAUCUGAUAGUUAGCAAAUGCUACUGCGCUUAAAUUAUUAUGAAGAAAACAGAACUGCACUGAAAUUCCACAUCAAUGUAAUGUCUUAUAUGAACACAGUCAGUGCGUAGCACUGUCGCCUCACAGCAAGAAAGGCCUGAGUUCAAUUCCCUGGCUGGGCUACCAGGGUCCUUUCUGUGUGGAGUAUGGAGCAUGUUCUCCCUGUGCCUGUGUGGGUUUCUUCUGGGUGCUCCACAGUCCAAAGACAUGCAGUCAGGCCAACUGGACACGCUAAAUUGGCCCUAGGUGUGUGUGUGAUUGUGUGGUCUGUCCCUGCGAUUGACUGGCAGCCUGUCUAGGGUGUUGCUUGCCAUCCGCCCAGUGAGCACUGGGAUAUUCUCCAGCACGACCCACGACCCAGAAGGAUAAGCAGCUUAGAAGAUGAAUAAAAUGAUUGAAUUACAGCCUGGAAGACAAAGUUGUGUCGACACAUUUUAUUUAAAUGUAAAUGUUGGGUGGGUAAAUUCAACACAGCACUUUUCGGCUGAAUGAGAAUUAUUAUAUAAGGAAUAUUACAACGCUCAGGAAUGAUGCAAACAAUGUUGAACUGAUUUGGUUACAUUCCUGACAUUCCUCUACAGGGUUAAGCAGGUAAAAAUAGCCUGGAGCAGAAACAGAACUGAGGGCUCAGUAUUGGAAACAGAAUAAACCUUAUAUUCACAGUAUUUAUUGUAACUUAUUUGUGACAGUUUGUGUUUUUGUUUAUCUCAUGUUACAAGCCAGUAAACAAUUUUUUUCAGAAUAUAUGAUGGGUCUGAAUGGAAUGUUUGUUUAUAAAUCUGUAUCACCAAGCAUUUCAAUAAAAGUAAUUUAUUUAUAUGUUUAUGUGUCAUA